AUGCCGUCUGACAGUGAAUCGGACAACGGAAGUAUAGUCGAGGAAGAAAAGAGGAACCCGAGGACAGGUUGGAUAUAUAUCCUCAAGAAGGCGGAAUUAGUCGAGGAGUUAAAAAAAUUUGGCCUUCAGUCUUCAGGAACAGUGAGAGCUGAUCGUCGUAUGUUAAGCAGUUUCACCAGAGGAGAAUACAGACCUGCGUUAGCCACUCCGCCACCAGGACCAUCUAAGAAGAUCACUGAGGGGAAAUCACUAACCAUGGAAGAUUCCAAGUCGCUUGAAGACACAAGAUAUCCUAUACCAGUCAUAGAUGAAAUCCUUGGUAACAUUAGGGGUGGUAAUUAUUUUUGUCUGCUGGACAUCCACAAACCGCACUUACAUAUUCCUGUGGACAAAGAGAGCCAGAAGCUACCGGCAAUAUCUACUCAUCGAGGAACCUAUUUAAUGAAAAGGUUAUCUUUUGGCAUUAAACCGGCCCCAGGUGAAUUUGCCAAGUUCCACCGUAGAAGAAUGACACAUCAAGGCAUUGUUCGUAUGAAAUCACUAGCCCGAAGGUGGAAAUUGAUUGACAAGGACAUUGAAGCUGUUGCAAAAUCUUGCAGAACAUGUGCAGACGCACAAAACAACCAAAUGAAAGCUCCCGCUCACCCCUGGGAACCUCCGAAGAGCAACUGGGAGCGUAUACACAUUGAUUAUGCUGGCCCCUUCCUUGGACAUCAUUUCUUGAUUGUGGUAGACAGUAUAUCAAAAUGGCCUGAGGUGGCCAUAUGCAGGUCGGCACCUACUACAGAUUCAACAAUUGUGCAUCUCCGGGAAAUCUUCAGCCGGAAUGGACUUCCAGUAACAAUUGUAAGUGACAAUGCUUCAAUUUUCACCUCUGAUUCUUUUCAAGCAUUCUUGUUCCGAAAUGGCAUACAACACAAGACGAUUGCACCUGGCCAUCCAACUACCAACGGCCAGGCUUAA